AUGAAUGCAAUGCAUGUGGGAAGGCCUUUAAUCAGAGUUCAUACCUCACUCAACAUCAGCGAAUUCAUACUGGAGAGAAACCUUAUGAGUGUAAUGAAUGUGGAAAGGCCUUCAGCCAAAGCACAUUCCUUACCCAGCAUCAGGUCAUUCACACUGGAGAAAAACCCUAUAAGUGUAAUGAAUAGGAAAGCUUUUAGUGAUCGUUCAGGCCUUAUUCAGCACCAGAGAACUCAUACUGGGGAGAGGCCUUAUGAGUGUAAUGAAUGUGGGAAAGCCUUUGGCUACUGUUCAGCCCUGACUCAACACCAGAGAACUCACACUGGGGAGAAACCCUACAAGUGCAAUGAUUGUGCCAAAGCCUUCAGUGACCGCUCAGCCCUUAUUCGUCAUCAGAGAACACACACUGGAGAGAAACCUUACAAGUGUAAGGAUUGUGGAAAAGCUUUUAGCCAGAGCUCGUCUCUUACAAAGCAUCAGAAAACUCACACUGGAGAAAAACCUUAUAAGUGUAAGGAAUGUGGAAAAGCUUUCAGCCAGAGUUCAUCCCUUUCUCAACAUCAGAAAACUCAUUCUGGAGGGAAAACCAAGGAAUAUGGAAAAGCCUUUAGUGAGCAUUCAGCCUUUGGCCAGCAAAAGAGAAUUCAUACUGGAUAA